CCUGGUGGCAUACAGGGCCGCCUAGAGGUGCUUUACAAUGGGGUAUGGGGCACCGUCUGCGAAGAUGGUUUUGAGGAUCGGGAUGCGAACGUGGUAUGCCGGCAGCUUGGCCUUAGCGGCGGUCGUGCGCACUGGGGUGCUUACUUCGGCGAAGGCAGCGGGCCUAUUUUCUUAAGCAACGUGGGCUGCUCUGGCUUAGAGAAGAGAUUGCAAGACUGCGCAAACCUUCAGUGGAAUCCCAAAUCUUGCAGCCAUUCCGAGGACGUUUCCGUUGUGUGCUACGGUGGGUUGUCGUGGGUCAGGUGA